AUGCCUUCACGGGGAUAUGAGCUUACAGAGCCAAACUCCUGUAAUUAUUUUGGCGACGCGAGGUUCCAAGAGAUUCCAGAUGAAUAUAACUCAGAGACUUCCAUCAGUUUCGAGCAGGACACCGACUGCUCGGCAUACAAUACGUGCGUUAAAUAUCUUGGACCUGACAGCGGAGAAGAAGCCUACGCCUCCCAAGUAGAAGGUUCCUUUGAGGACCAAUUGGCUGCGCCGGGGUUCCUACAGCCCGAGAUCACCCAAGAGCUAGGACAACAUACUGUCAACCAGGCAAACAUGCCGGUAAAGCCUCCCGCCAUGUCCCAGAUAUACACUCCGCAGAUUGGCUCACAAUGUGCCGACGCACCUAGCGAUGUAGGCAUCCUCACAGAAGCACAACGCCUCGCGAUAAACCGGGACGAACUCGACGAGUUCGUAGCCGCGGUCAUGCAACAAGAUAUGGAACGGUACGCCCAAACCCCGCUACUCACUGGCGAAGUCUAUGUCCAUCCCGCAACAGAGGAUCAGAGGGAAGAUCACCUGCUGUUCUCCCAGCCACAAUUAGACGGCGACGAUGCCCCAACCCCCAUCCUCGUUCCGAUAGACACUUCAUCAGCCCCCCAAUUUUAUGCGGAAGAGAGCCAUUGCGAUUCAGACGGCGCAUCUACGGUCGCCACGCCGCGGCCGACGUACGUGCCGAGCCCGGCAUUUUCCUGUGGAACUGGAGAAUUGGUGGCUUGGGAGCGCGUGCCUAUACCCGAUGUUGUCGAGGGUGAUUGGAACGGCAAUGUCGAUGGCGAUGACGACUGUAGCGAUGGUUAUGGUGCCGGUGAUGAGGAUUCUAAUUAUGGUGAUUGGAACGGCGAUGUCGAUAGCGAUGACGAUCACAGUGAUGGGGACGGUGGUAAUGACGACUAG